AAUAUACAUGGAUCCGUCCAUCAAAGGAGAUCAAGAAAUGUUAAAAAUCAAGAAACAAGGUCAUCAAGAUCUUGAGUUGGGUUUGACCCUUUUGCCACGUGGAACCACGACCUCGUCAGAGCUCAAUCUCAUCGAUUCUUUUAAAACCAGCUCAUCGUCGACUUCUCAUCAUCAUCACCAGCAAGAACAUUUGGCAGAUCCGAGAGUGUUCUCUUGCAACUAUUGUCAAAGAAAGUUCUAUAGCUCACAAGCACUAGGCGGCCACCAAAACGCUCAUAAACGCGAGCGCACCUUAGCCAAACGUGGACAGUAUUACAAGAUGACUCUCUCCUCCUUGCCUUCUUCAGCGUUUGCGUUUGGCCACGGUUCAGUCAGCAGAUUUGCAAGCAUGGCAUCGUUACCAUUACAUGGCUCGGUGAAUAAGAGGUCGACGUUAGGGAUUCAAGCUCAUUCAACGAUCCAUAAGCCCUUUUUAGGAAGACAAACGGCGACUUUAAGUCAUGUUUUCAAACAGAGCAUUAACCAGAAACCGACCAUCGGAAAGAUGUUGCCGGAGAAAUUUCACCUCGAAGUCGCCGGCAGUAAUAACGGUAACAUGAUUGGACAUUUCAAGAGCAAUCAAGAAGAUCAUAAUCAGUUUAAGAAGAUUGACUUGACUCUUAAGCUAUGAGCUCUUAAAUUGUCAUCUUCUUUUUAGUCUUCAUUAUAACUUUUUUUUAUUCUCAUAUUUGUUUGAUAUAAUGAUUGACGGCAGGGUGUGUUAGAGUUUCACUAAUCAAGUUGUACUUUUUAU